AUGUUCCGUUUCCUUUUCGUUCUCGCUCUUGCUCUCGUGCCUUUCGUACUUGGCCACGAUGACCGCUGGCUGUACUGCUUCCACAGGGACACAGACAAGUCGCCUGAUCUUCAAUGGAGGAUUGAUUUGCUCGGCACCAUCAACGUGUGCAAGACGCUGAGCAGUGGCUCGAUCGUCCCAGCAGACCACAAUGCCUGUGUCAUGCAGCCAUUCGAUGUCCAGUGGUUCAAGAAGCGCUGUGAGGCUAUUCAGGGCUCCUCUGGCGUCCACCGUGCAGGCGGCUAUUUGGUCCCCAAGUUGAACUGA